UGCUAUUUACAAAGCCUUGAGAGCAGAGCCCGGCGAGGGGGGAGGAGGCGGAAAAAGAGAAGGCAGAAUAAUAAUAAUUAUCAUAAUAAUUCCCCCCCCAAUCUCCCUAACCCUUCUGACAGCGAGCAUCUCUGUGAUCCAGGCGGAGGACGACGAGUGGAGCCAGGCACUUGAACUUCCAGUUAUUCCCCAAGCCUGCCCCCCGCAUCCCUAUCCAUCCCAAAGGCACCCCGAAAACGCAUCGUGUUCGCGGGACAGCGCGGUGCCUUCCCGGGGCUGUGUCUCCAACUUUACGCGUUCCGAGGGGGUGGGAAAAAAAACCAACUUCCCGCAGCUCGGUCUUCUAAGGGACUCAGGAAGCUUCGGUUGUCUCCGGCUGUGCGCGCCAUUAGCCUCAUUUUUAAUAGAAAAGAAUAACCGUCCUGGUUCACUUGAAAGAUCCAGAACAAAAAAAGCGCUCUCCCCGGCUCAGCGCGCGGCGGUGCGCGGCGCGUCCCGGCGGGUCUCCGGUGCCAGCCCAGCGAUCCCGACAGGGGGGUGUCGAAGGGACCAAGUCUGGUAACGACGUGGAGACCACCAUGCCGGUGUCACGAUCUCGGAGCUCUCGGCCUGCACCCUCCAGGGUGAUCGCGUUGCUGCCGCCGCUGCUGCUCGCGGCGGCCGCCGGGCUGCUGUCCGUGCCGGGCGCUCACGGGCGCCCCACGGAGGAGGACGAAGAGUUGGUGCUCCCCACGCUGGAGCGCGCCGGCGGCCGGGGGACCACGCGCCUCCUCCUGGAGGCCUUUGGUCAACCAUUGCACCUGAAGCUGCAUCCGGAUCACGGGUUCUUGGCGCCCGGCUUCACACUCCAGACCGUGGGACGCAGACCCGAACCCGAGACGCAGCGUCUGGAGCCCGCCGGCGACCUGGCCCACUGCUUCUAUUCCGGCACGGUGAAUGGUGACCCCAAUUCAGCCGCCGCCCUUAGCCUCUGCGAGGGUGUUCGAGGCGCCUUUUACCUGCGGGGCGAGGAGUUCUUCAUCCAGCCCGCGCCCGCCGAGGCCACCGAGCGCGUCGCCCCCCGCGCGCCCGGGGUGGAGCCGCCCGCGCCGCCGCCCCAGUUCCAUCUCCUUCGCCGGCGGCGGCGGGGCGGCGGCGCCAAAUGUGGAGUCGUGGACGAAGAUCCCCUGCCCGCCAGGGGCUCAGGACCCGAGGGCGAAGAGUCUGAGACUCAGUGGCCCCAAAGAGACCGGGAUCCGGAACGAGAGGGACAGCCAACAACAGUAACUGGCAGCAUAAGAAAGAAACGGUUUGUGUCCAGCCCUCGCUAUGUAGAAACCAUGCUCGUGGCAGACCAGUCGAUGGCAGAGUUCCACGGCAGCGGGCUGAAGCAUUACCUGCUCACCUUGUUCUCGGUGGCAGCCAGGCUGUACAAGCACCCCAGCAUUCGCAAUUCCAUCAGCCUCGUGGUGGUGAAGAUUUUGGUUAUCUAUGAAGAACAGAAGGGGCCAGAAGUGACUUCCAAUGCUGCCCUCACCCUGCGAAACUUCUGUAACUGGCAAAAGCAGCACAACCGUCCUAGUGACAGAUACGCUGAGCAUUAUGACACGGCCAUUCUUUUCACGAGACAGGAUCUAUGUGGGGUCCAGACAUGUGACACUCUAGGCAUGGCUGAUGUUGGAACUGUGUGUGAUCCCAGCAGAAGCUGCUCGGUCAUAGAAGAUGAUGGUUUGCAAGCUGCCUUUACCACAGCCCAUGAAUUAGGCCACGUGUUUAAUAUGCCACAUGAUGAUGCCAAGCAGUGUGCCGGCCAUAAUGGAGUGAACCAGAAUUCGCACAUGAUGGCGUCGAUGCUUUCCAAUUUGGACCGUAGCCAGCCGUGGUCUCCCUGCAGUGCCAGCACGAUCACUUCAUUCUUGGAUAACGGUCAUGGGGAAUGUUUGAUGGACAAGCCCCAGAACCCCAUCCAGCUUCCGUCUGAUCUCCCUGGCACCCUCUAUGAUGCCAACCGCCAGUGCCAGUUUACAUUUGGGGAAGAGUCCAAACACUGCCCGGAUGAAGCCAGUACCUGUACCACUCUGUGGUGUACUGGUACCUCUGGAGGCCUGCUUGUAUGCCAAACCAAACACUUCCCCUGGGCAGAUGGCACCAACUGUGAAGAAGGGAAAUGGUGUGUAAAUGGGAAGUGUGUGAACAAGACUGACAAGAAGCAUUUUGAUACUCCUGUCCAUGGAAGCUGGGGGCCGUGGGGACCUUGGGGAGACUGUUCAAGAACCUGCGGUGGAGGGGUGCAGUAUACAAUGAGGGAAUGUGACAACCCGGUCCCAAAGAAUGGAGGGAAGUACUGCGAAGGCAAGCGAGUGCGCUACAAGUCAUGUAACAUUGAGGACUGUCCAGAUAAUAAUGGAAAAACCUUCAGAGAAGAACAAUGUGAAGAACACAAUGAAUUUUCAAAAGCCUCCUUUGGAAGUGGGCCCGCGGUGGAGUGGACGCCCAAGUAUGCUGGCGUCUCUCCAAAGGACAGGUGCAAGCUCAUCUGUCAAGCCAAAGGCAUUGGCUACUUCUUUGUUUUAAAGCCUGAGGUUGUGGAUGGCACUCCAUGUAGUCCAGACUCCACUUCUGUCUGUGUGCAAGGCCAGUGUGUAAAGGCUGGUUGCGAUCGCAUCAUAGACUCCAAAAAGAAGUUUGAUAAAUGUGGUAUUUGUGGAGGAAAUGGUUCUACCUGCAAGAAAAUAUCUGGCUCAGUUACUAGUGCAAAACCUGGAUAUCAUGACAUUGUCACAAUUCCAGCUGGAGCCACAAACAUUGAAGUAAAACAACGGACCCAAAGGGGAUCCAGAAACAAUGGCAGCUUUCUUGCUAUCAGGGCUGCUGAUGGCACGUACAUCCUGAAUGGUGACUUCACUUUGUCAACUCUAGAGCAAGACAUUACUUACAAAGGCAUUGUCUUAAGGUACAGUGGUUCUUCCGCAGCCUUGGAAAGAAUUCGCAGCUUUAGCCCACUCAAAGAGCCCUUAACCAUUCAAGUUCUUACUGUGGGCAAUGCCCUCAGGCCCAAAAUUAAAUACACCUACUUUGUGAAGAAGAAGAAGGAAUCAUUCAAUGCCAUCCCAACUUUUUCAGAAUGGGUCAUUGAAGAGUGGGGUGAAUGUUCUAAGUCAUGUGGGUUGGGUUGGCAGAGAAGACUAGUCGAAUGUCGAGACAUGAAUGGGCAGCCUGCUUCCGAGUGUGCAAAGGAAGUGAAGCCAGACAGCACCAGACCUUGCGCAGACCUGCCUUGCCCCCAAUGGCAGGUGGGUGAAUGGUCGCCAUGUUCCAAGACUUGUGGGAAGGGUUACAAAAAGAGAACCCUGAAGUGUCUGUCCCAUGAUGGGGGGGUGCUGUCCCAUGAGAGCUGCGAUCCUUUAAAGAAACCGAAGCAUUACAUCGACUUCUGCACAAUAGCGGAAUGCAGUUAAGCAGUGUGGGUCUGGAGGGAGAGUCAGUGGGGAAGGGCUGAUGCUUGGAAAUCCAGAAUGCCGGAGGGAUCUCAUUUCUCUUGCCUGUAACCAGUGAGGUGUGUCAACUUGAUGGGAGGAUGGAGAAGAUAGGAGGUAGAUCAUAAGAAUAUGCAGCCAAUUUGAUAAGGUAGUUAAUAUGCAUUAUUAGACUCUGAGCAACAACACAGCACGAUAAAGGCUCCAGAACAUGGAUUUCAUUUGUUUCGUUAUAUCCAUUACAAAAAAAAA